AUGCACUUGCUUGUCACAGACUUCGAUGAGACUGUGACUAAGAAAGACACUAUCUCAACUCUUGCUGAGCUUCCGUACUUGCACAAGUCGUUUCCCGUCCCCUGGGCUCAUUUUGUAGACACAUACAAUCAAGGGUACCAGAAGUUUACCGUUGCGAACCGAGACCUGCCCAUCCUUAAUGUCUGGAACAGCAACCGCGAGCAGCUUAUUACUGUUGGUAACUACGAGCAAAUGUUCCGAGCAGAGAUCGACUAUCAAAAGAGCAUGCGACCCAUUGAGCUGAAUAGCAUCCAAGAGCUGGAGGACAAAGGCGCUUUCACGAACAUAACGUUAGAUCAGGUACGCGAACUUUCGAGAGCUCGAACCAACCUCCUUCGAGAUGAUUUUCUGGAAGCGUGGAGAGCCGUAUCAGAGGUUCACAUUCUUUCAGUCAACUGGUCCCGAGUGUUUAUCGAAUCGAUGUUGGCUUGCGCUGUCACCACAGAUGAGGCAACUGGGAUAAAUCCUCCCGUUCAAACGACGUGUAACGAUCUCAUCGCAGAAGAAGGCAGGUUGACUGGUAAAUUUAAUAAAGCCGUGGUUACGGGAUAUGACAAAAUCGAAGAGCUAAAAAAGCUACUCAAGGCGUCCUCUGCCACCAGAACAAUCUGGUAUGUUGGAGAUAGUGAAACAGACUUGCUUUCUACGCUGUAUCCCGGCGUAAAUGGCGUUAUUCUGUUGGAUCCCGAGGAGAAUCGCAAAAAGUUUGACAAGAUAACGUCCGUCUUAGGAGUGAAACACGAGGAUCUUAAAGGGUAUUCGACAGCCCGUGAUCUUGACUGUGUCAAGAUCUCAUGCAAAAUGAAUGGAGCAUUGUACUUCGUCAAAAGCUGGAAAGCCUUGGUAAGAUUGCUACGGCAGUGA